UUUGAAAAGUCUUCCGGGUAUGCGCACUGACGCUGCGCGUCGCCCCCCGACGUUCCUCCUGUUUUCCUCUGCGCUUCGUCGCUUCUUUUUCACUUGUCAUCCUCCUCUUCCUCACCGCCACUCGCAAACAUGUCAACCAGGGUUGCUGUGGUAACGGGUAGUAACAAAGGCAUUGGACUUUCCAUCGUCCGAGCGCUCUGCAAGCAGUUCAAAGGGGAUGUUUACCUGACCGCCAGAGACGUUGAUCGAGGUCAGGCAGCUGUGGAGUCUCUGGCCUCAGAGGGUCUGAAGGCUUUGUUUCACCAGCUGGACAUCAAUGAGCUGAACAGCAUCAUCAGUGCUGCUGCUUUCUUCAAAGAGAAGUAUGGAGGAGUGGAUGUCCUUAUCAACAACGCUGGGAUUGCAUUUACAAUGGCAGACACAACUCCGUUUGCUGUCCAGGCCGAGGUCACCAUGAAGACAAACUUCUUCGCCACCAGAGACAUGUUGACUCAUUUCCUGCCGCUCAUCAAAGCUGGAGGUCGUGUGGUGAACAUGUCCAGUUUUGUCGGCAGCCAAACUCUGAACAAGUGCAGUCCAGAGCUUCAGCAGCGUUUCCGCAGUAACGACAUCACCGAGGACGAGCUGGUGGGACUGAUGCAGAGAUUUGUUGAUGAGGCCAAGCGAGGCGAGCACAAGAACAGCGGCUGGCCUGAUACGGCGUAUGGAAUAUCUAAAACUGGACUGACGACGCUGUCCUUAAUUCUGGCUCGUCGCUUGUCUAAGGAGAGACCAAACGAUGGGAUCUUACUGAGUGCCUGCUGCCCAGGUUGGGUCCAGACUGACAUGGGUGGCAAGAGAGGAGAAAAGUCGCCAGAAGAGGGCGCCAUUACUCCUGUUUACCUGGCCCUUCUUCCGCCAGGAGCCACAGAGCCUCACGGAAAGUUUGUCUCUGAUAAGCAAGUUCAGCCGUGGUGAAAAAGUCACAGGCAGCUAAGGCCUGGUACACACAAAGAUUUUCUAAAUCUGAACAGAUCUUUUAUCUGCUAGAGACCUCACAGACGAAGAUAAAAAAAAUCAGACAUUUAACAGUGUUGACUGUCUGUGGUAGCUUAAAUAAUUUCAUCACAGAACAACACACACAAAACGAGGAUGUCCUGCAACCGAUCUACAGUCUAGUCCUCCAAGCCGGACAUCUCGCAUGAUCAAACAUGAUCUGAAAAAAAGCACAACACACACA